AUGGUUCCAUACACCUUACGGCGCAUCACACAAGGUGCUGCAACAUGGCGAGAGAUACAUCAAGCUAUACAAGGAUGGAAUGAAGCAAAUGCUUGGGAAGAAUUCAAGACGAUUCUACUGAGGUCUGGUUUUAUCCAGAAGCCCGGUGACAGUAAAAUGAAGCAAACUUGUGCAUGCAAGAUAUGUGGAGAAAUAGCACACACCCAGGAGGAACACAAGGAUGGAUGCCCACAUUGUGAGGAGAAUCACCCAGCAGAAGAAUGCCCGACUGGGCAAGUUACUUGUUUCCUAUGUGAAGGAACUACACACUACCCUAGUCAAUGCCACAUUUACCCCAAGGUACAAGAAAUUACCAAGCAGCAGAAAGAAGCCCUCAGGGAAAAGAAGGACUUGAGUCAUAUCACUUGUUACAGGUGCAAGGAUUUAGGUCAUUACGCUAGUAAAUGUCCAGAAAAGAAGCCAAGAAUCAAAGGAGCCUACAUAAUCACGAAGAAGCCCCGAGACAUUUGUUUUCGCUGCAAGGAAGCAGGACAUUUUUCUAGGGAAUGUUCAGACCAGAAGAAAGCUGGAGCUGAGUAG